GAAGAGGAUCUCUGUGAGUGACAAAGGAAGAAGAAAAUAGAGGAAGAGGGGAAAAGCAGGGCAGCGAUCAGACCUGGUCCGUGGGCCACAUCCGGUGUCACGGUCAGCCACGCAGACCGUGGGGACGAGGGAAGUAGGACCCAAAACGCGGGACUCUGCGAUGCCACGGUGCACUUUAUUUACAGUGAAUAGACAGAUGUGGACAAUUUCAGUGGAUGAGUGGAAAACAGCUCUGACAGCCAUUCUCAAGGAGCUAGACAACCCACAGUGCGACAAAAUGUUGGAAAUAGUGCAAAUCCCCAAACAAAGGAAGACUGCUAAGUUCAGAGAACAGCUGCCCCCAAAAAUCAUUGAGUACCACGGACUGGAAAGAUCUAUCCGGAAAAUCAGAGAUGCAAUGGAUCAGAUUCCAAGGAGGGAUCAACCAGUCCAGAAACUGCUGCUCCCCUUCGUUGAACAACUGAAGAAUGGGCCAAAAACUGGGGGGAAGAAGAGGAAACGUGGUGAAGGUGAUUCAAAAUCAGCCGACAAGGAGCCUGAAGUCGGUCAGUGGAAAAGCUUCCAGCCUGACAAGCGCACACCUGAAAGCUACAAUUCUGCUGCGGGCGAUCUACAAGCUGAAGGCAGUCAAGAAAUCAAAGGGAUAAAGCGCGUCAUUCUUCGUUGAUUCCAGAAAUGACCGACUUUGAACCAACGUUGCUAAGGACUGCAAUCAAUGAGGUCCUGCCUGACCUUCCAGAAGUGACAAAGGAUAUUCUUGAAGAAACCUUACAAUCAAUUGGGGUAGAGACAAAUGAUGAUUUUCAGUUCAUUGAAGAAUCUGAUUUGCACUCAGCCUUGAGGCCACUUCAAGCACGAAAAGCCAUUGCCGCUUGGAAACUGAGAUGUCAUACUCCUGAAAACAGCAGCUCAUCGCUUGGUGCAUCGCCACAACCUCCUGAAUCCUCACAAUCUGUUUCACCUAAAUCACCCUCAACCUCCUCCAGCAGCAGUCAAAGUCCUUGUGUAGACUCGAUGGAUACCUUCUAGAUACGGUGGAACAAGUUUCCAGAAGAAUUGAUGCAAUCACUGGAGAGAGGAAAACGGCCAAGUCCACGCAUGAGAAGGGAGAUGGUCCGGAUUGUGGUUUCUGAGAUGAUGAAAAAAAGCUCUAGGAUAAGUAAAAGGAAUUCUACUGAAGUUGCCAAAAAGAUGGUGGCAAAAUAUCCAAAAUCUCUGCAAGACAUAAUAGAGGGAGAUGUGAUUGGUCCAGGGUAUCACUCUCUAGUCAAGCAAUUGGAGUACAGAAUUGACAAUGUGAAGCGAUCUACCACCCCAAAAAUAAGAAAAAGAAAGCAUCAUACUGAUGAGUCUGACACCGAGUCUGUCCCUUCAAAACAGAGAGCAGCAAUCCAAGACACUUAUGGAUGCAUUAACUGGGAUGUGAAAUUCCUGCCCCUUGGAGAAACUACAGAGAGCCAG